AUGGUUCUGAUGGAGCGGAUAAAGCCAGAGGAAUCAACAUCACCAGGUCACGAUGAGAUCCCGGCGAGGAUUUUGAAGAAACGCCGGUGAGUUGGCUAAACCAAUCUAUAUGCCUUUUCGUACACGCUUCGAGGCCGGGUAUCUGCCACCAGACUGAAAACACGUAAAACGAAGUUCAGAAAUCUGGAAAAAGACGAAACAGUAGACGACAUAAGGACCAACGUACAACAAAAACAGGAAAACGGAAAAAAUGUCGACAAUUGGACUUAUCGGAUCGAUGGUCACCGGUGAUCGACACGAGUGAGAAGUCCUCACGAUCGAUCUAAAAAAGAGUGAGGACCAUUAAAACAAAGGGGUUCCUGUCCGUCAGGUCUGCUGGGGUGUGACAGGCCAAGAUUAACAUUUUAACAGCAUCGCGAGGAUCCUACCAAUAUUUAACUAAUACGUCUUUGUGUAAUUUACUAUUUUUCGGACCACGACUCACAAAACUGCCCGCGUUCACCAAGACGCUUAAAGACGGCGAAUCUUGGCAUUAUUCUUGCAGCUUAGGUGUGCAUCAGAAAACUACUGCAUUGCCACCGAACCGAGUUCGUACGCCUUCGAAAGCUGUUAACGCAUGAAAUUCACAGUUCCUUUAUACAGUUUAUAAUAAUCCCGUGUAUCACUUGUGCUACUCCCUUUCCACUUUUUUCUUUACGUUAUCUGUGUGUAACAAAUAGGGAAUUCAAAGCUACACGCCUACAUUUCUUUAAGUAAAUCGAACUGAACACAAAAAUACUUUUAAUGAACUUCCCAAAGCCCGACCCUUUUAAGUUUGCGGAUGACUUAAUUUAAUUAGUGGGGAAAUGAGAAGGUUCCUUCGUAGUUGCACGGUUUCCUACUAUCCGCUUUUCCUGUCUUGCAGUCUUGGUACUAUAUUUCUGUCGGUGCUUACUUUAAAAGCUCCUUUUAAGGCUCCUGCCGUCGUGGUUUGCCCAUAUUUGCAGUUGUCGACUAAUGAGUCAAAUAAAAUCGAGGCGAAGGGUAAACAGGUUUCUUUUACUACCAUUUAAUAGUUGUCCCAAAAAUAAAAACGCCACUUAAAUACGACGACUCAGUGAAGUCGGUUAAGUUCAUCACACCCGUUCGGGCCAUGAAUGAAUAUAUGCUUUCCCCGUCGUAGGUUUGUUUAUUUUAAAAAAACUCCUCAGUGAUCUCGAGGCGCUUCCUAGGUAUUACAGCAGAAGUCCUUAUUCCAAUGAAGUCCGUACUCAAGUCUUUCUUCGCUCAGAUGUUGAAAAAGUGUACGCACUUUUUCAAUGCUUCAGUUUUUAGAGCCCUUGAAAAACACGGAGGGCAGCAAGCCCUCGAUCUCCGGAGGAAAUUAAUGAAAGACUUGGAAAGCAGAGCUCGAAUGGGUAAUCACUGAUUUUUCUGACUUUGAAGAUAUGCACAUUUUCAAGACAACGCUGCGCAAGUUAAACCAGUCAAGCAAGCCGAGCGAUUCGCCGCGUCCGGUAAGUUUUAAUCGUUUAAUGUCCAAACUGUUCUUUUUGGUUAAACCUGUUGCCAUUUUGAGCAUCAACUCAUUUGCUCGCUCUGUCAUUCUCCUACUACGAGCCCUAGACAAUAGUUCGUUCCUUAUCUUGACUUCCAAUCCUAGCCUUCCUGGGCGGUGUUUAUCACUUACUCUUUUUCAUUUGCUUAAAAGGUGGUGGAGACGGGCGGUAGUUCCUGUUUUUAGUUAUUUUAUUUUCGGAAGCCACAGUUUUUCCCAUUUCUCAUCUGAAUCCUCAUCUUCGACUCUUUCCCAUAAAACAAGAAUAGUCCAACUCCUGUUUUUGAAUAGAGUUGGGAUGUUCCCGUGUGAGUACAUUCAUGACACUUUCAGUACCUCUGUAAUUAAAGGUUUUUUUAGUUAUCAUUUGGCUUUAGGGUCUGGAAUCAGGAAUAGACUCGAGGUCUGCUGCCUAUUAUCAAGUCGGCAGUAUUAGGGCUGCGGUCGCAUUGCGAGUUUGCCUUGAUUUCAUCUGCCAGUGGCUUUAUCUAUCCUCUGCACGCUAGGUUCGCUUUUGGAUGUCGAGUUAGCAGUAGAGAGUAAAAAUGCCUUCUUUCUGCUAUCUUUUAUGCUUUUUUAACGUUAUCAAGGGACAAACACAAUGUCUACAUUCACAAUUUCCUCGACAACAAAUUUAUCAUUCCGUAUAUUAAAAGCAAGCAUAAUUUAGUGUCCAAACACAUAUUUAAACAAAUGGAAGAGAAUAUGCGCAUCCCAGGUUCUUGUUUAGAAGAAGAUGAAGGCACGAUCACUGGGACAGUAGAUUUGUUUGCCUGAGCUUUCGAACUCGAACUGGAGUUCAUCAUCAGAGACUACUGGAGUGCAGCAAAUUAUAAACAUUUAUAUCGCUCGUCCUUAAGGGGGGGGGGCGAGGAGGGAAAGGGGGAGUACGUCCGUGGCUAGGUAGGGUUUGUGUCGCACAAACCCUACCUAUCCAUUUUAUGCAGACAUUCCUGUUGAAGGUUUCUCAGCCUUCCUAAUGUGCUCUUAUCGAGGUUUUUAGCUGUCAGCAAAUUGAACCCCCACGGACGUAUCAACAUAUGUUCACUUGUGUGCUUUUGAUUUUUUUACGUAACCCACCCUCAGCCAGCGGAAAACCAAGUUAUUUGCUGUGUUGCAACCUUGUUGUAAGCGUACUUAUACUGUCAUCUGUAUGUUAGAGUAGGAGUCCUGGUCUUGUAGUGAAACAUAUAUUGCGGCGGCACAUUGGAGAUGUUCCUUAACGUAACGUCUAUGUAUGCUAAGUAUUCUUUUUUGUCGCCUUUCAGUCCUCCUCUUCGCAAAAAACUCCAGAUUAUUGCCUUUUCCUGGUCUUCUCAUCCGUCUAAUAGUCUUUUUUAGAGACCACUAAAGACCCUGUUCUUCGCUCAUGUUUGCCACAAAUCUUUUGCUCCUUUACUUUGUGUUAUCUGAAACCCUAACUAUCUCACAAUCUUAUUGAGAAUGUACAUUUACACCUUUCAGUCUAAAGCUCAGACCGGCAGACUUCUGGACUUCGGCCCUGGUAAAGUGGUGAUGUUUGCGGUUGCAGUGUGAGUUGCUUAGUCCAUACUUCGCCCUCGUGUAUUUUUAUGUUUUUGCACGUAUUCUUCGGCAUGGCGGCCCUUUUUGGUGUUGCGCCACUUUCACAUUCAGACCUUUGAAGGCGUGCGCUUCAAAACUCUUGCAUUCACGAGGAAUUUGGGCGUAGAAGCUUUCCAAAUUCCGCGCUAGCAAUGUGCUUUAAGCAAGUCUUCUUUUGAUGUAAUAGAAACAGCCUAAAUGUGGCGGCGAAGGCGGUCGUAUGGUGGUACACCGGCUCCAAAAGCAUGUUCUCUGAAAUGAUGCAUUCCGUCGCGGAUACUCUGAACCAGGUACUACUGACUUCUUUUGCUGUCUGCUUACUUUCAUAUCUACGCUGUUCACAGAAUCUUGAGAUACAGGUUUAUCGAUGUGGUCAAUAUCUCCGGCUACUUGUACUGUACUACCCUCAUGUAUUGUUCAUCAGGUGUUUCUUGACUGUUUUAUUGAACUCCUAGAUCCUACUGGCUUACGGCCUUUACUAUUCCAUGAACCUACCAGACGCUGACCACCCGUGAGUCUUCUACCUUCUCCUCGAUCAAUAUGAUGCCCUACGAUUCUAAUAACUAACUGCCUUCCUCCUGUUUAUUUUUUUGACCACGUUUACACGUUCGGUGUCUUGUCUCUUUAUCCCUUCGCCUUCGUUUUAUUGUCCACUUAUUUUCUGCUCGCCCUCUUUCCCCAUAAUUUCGAGCAUCUUACAUUUCUUAUUGAAAUCCACCUUAUUUCCAUUCCUUCAACCUCUACCGUUUACUACUUUUUCACUAUCAUCCUGUCAUUCUUAUCCAUUCCUUCCAGCAGCCCCCUCCAUUCCAUCUUCUCUUUCUUCCCGCAGAUAUGGCUACUCUCGCAUGCGCAGCAUCUCCUCCCUCAUCAGUGGUGUAGGCAUCUUUUUCCUUGGAUCUGGCUUCACCUUCUACCAUGCAGUUCAGGGCUUCAUUGUUCCGCAUACCUUCGAUUCCUCCCUUUAUGGCGCCUUCGCAGUGAUGGCUGGUUCCUUGUUAACUGAGGGCUCUACAAUGGUCAUGGCCUACCGCGAGGCAAGUGCCAAGUCACGUGAACGCAAGUUCCCCUCUUUGCGCUCCUACCUGCUCUCGGGCGCCGCAGACCCCAGCACCAGUGUCGUCCUCCUUGAGGAUGCGGCCGCCGUUCUGGGCGUUCUGGUAGCCAGCACCGCUCUCGGUGCUUCCGCUUUGAUGGGGGUCACCUGGCCCGACGCUGUUGGUGGUGUGGCCAUCAGCAUAAUCCUAGCUGGUGUGGCUGGUUUCAUCAUUCACACCAAUACGGAGGUUCUCCUCGGCAAGUACGUCCUCGCUGCUUCAUGCAUGUCCUUCUUUCCUCACCGCUGCCUUCGUUACCCUCAUUUACCUCCUUGCCUUCCGCUCAUUCCUCUUUUUCGUCCACUACUUAUCGUGACUAUCAUCGACAGCUUAAGCUGCCGUCAGAACUAAAAGAUGUUUGUGCGACGGAAAUGAGGGUUUGACACUCAGAGGGCGAGAGUUGCCGCCUGGCCGACAUUCUAAAAGUCUGUGACCACAGAGACAUAAGAAAGUUUCCCUAGAUGAUUUCGCCCUCCCGGCAGCCUGAAGCUGUUUUUGAGGAUAAAAAAUCAUUCCGCAGAAGGUACGUCGCCCCUGCCUCCAACUCUCUUCUUUGCUUAGAAGAGCUGAACUUCUAGCUCAUCUCUUCUCCAGCACUUGCAAAACGUACCGAAAACCGUUAGUAAACCUUUGAAGACAAUACUUAGGUAACUGGUGUCGGGUUCCCAUGAGGUUAUUACUUCAUUAUGUACUGGCUUAAAAGUGGCUGUUAUUUUAAUGGUGCCGCCUCUAUGCCAAUCUCUGGUUUUCAUUUAAUUAGCAUGUCCAGCUUCGAGCACUACAGUUUCAAGUAGUGCUCCAAAUCGCAUCAAUUUGCACAAACGGAUGGCGGUCUAACGCUGCGUCAGUGUUGUAGCUAGGACUGUAGAAAGCACACGAGAGGGGGAGCACAUACAAAUUUGAAUGCAAGAGUCAGAACGAGAAUACCCGAUAAUAGGACUUUAUUCAUCUUGCAAUUGACCUACUGGAACUAAAACGAGAAAUAGAUAAGAUGGGUUUUAGCUAGGGAUUUAAGUUAGCAUGACAUUCACCUCGACCAACAAAUAGAGGGGCCGGGAUGUCGAAAAAUCGGAAGGAAAGGUUUCAUGGCAUUACCGACAAAGGCAAGGGAGACUGGAAUGGCCAUUUCUGGCUUAUUAGCCGUCGUCAGCCAGUCAUACACAACCCCGAAGUGUGGAACACCUGGGGCUCGAAAUUCUAACUAGCAGGUUGCAUGUAGCAAAGUUCAGGUGUCUCUGUUACGAAGGCAGUAUAGGUGAACACGCUGCUGUUGUUGAUCAAUGUUUCUAGGCCAUGCAUAUGGACAUCGUCAGCGUUAGGUGCACUAACAGGCGUUGUAUCGUUCAGUCUGUCAGUUGAAAUGGUGCUACUUUCCUGCUCAGCAGUUGGUGGGUGAUCAGGGGAAAAUGGGAUGUAAUUUUCAGAUACGGGCGUGGCCGUCUCCUGAUGACAAUCAACAAUAUCUUUUUCACCACUGGGAGCAAGUAGUCGAACCGAUACAGUUUCUCCUCUACCAUUAUUGAAUCGUAUGUGAGCAUAUUGGGGGUUACGCUGGGGCAGAUCAUCCUCCUCAACGACCAGAUCAAAUUUAGGCAACAUUCCCUCAUGAGGUGUCGCAUUAGUGGCAGUACACAAAAGUGAUCCGAUUGAGUGUAACGCGUCAAGUAAAACGGAUUCCGAGCGCGUGACAGGCAAACUUUGGGAUUUUAGAGCAAGUAAGAUAGUCUUCCAUGAAGCUUGGCUCAAAAGUUCGACCUACCUAUUUUCUUGGGGAUUGUGCGGAGUUGUUCUACUCAUCGCUACUCUCUUAUUGUGACGGAGUUGCUGAACUUCGUCUGAUGUAGAUGAUGGUGCCCGAUCGGUGUGUAAGUACGAAGGAGCACCGAAUAUGGAGAAAAGCUGGCAAACCAUUUAGAGACAGUUUCAGCAGCCUGAUCAGGACAGGCAAAUGCAAAUGGGAAACGAGAAUAUUCAUCAAUAAUCGUCAACAGGUAGCGGUAGUGGGUUGCCGACGGAAGAGGACCUUUGAGGUCGGGUGACAAUUGUUCGAACGUCUGGGUAGUUUUGAUGAGUUGACCUUGUGCUUCAAAGAAAUGGGGUUUGGCUUCACAGCGGACCUGACAUUUAGCUACGACAUUACGAAUCUCCACCAUCGGAAAGGGGAGAUUCCGAGCUCGAACAAAAUGUGAAACCCGAGAGACACCGGAUGACAAAGUGACUCGUAUGGUUCUUUCAGAUUGACACUGGUUGGUUGGGUGCCACAGUAAUUAUGCGAAAGCGUGUUCGCCGCUCUAUUUUUUUCACCAGGUCGGUAGACAAUGUCAAAUUUGAAUUUUAACAGCUCCAACCUCCAGCGGUUAUAUCAUUUCUGACCUUCCCUGUUUGCUGAUUGUCGCUGAUCCGUGAUGAGUUUAAAAUGAUUACAGAGGAAGACGUGCUUCCACUUCCGUAUGAAUUCCAUUGCUUCGUAUGCUUCUGUCUCUAUAGCUGAAUAGUGUCGCUCGUUUGGAGAAAGGCUACGUGAAAAGAACGCUACUGGUCGGCCAUUGUGAUCCAGUGGGGCAGCGAUUGCGACGUUUGAAGCAUCAGUCUAGACAACUAGUGAACACUGGCCACUGUGACUUUUGCAAGUCCCGCCUUAGGAGCCUCAAAUUUUUCAAUGGUAAAGGGAAAGUUUUGUUGUGGAUGAGCAGAUGAAUUUUAUUUGAAAAAUGAGAUAUACAUUGUGAUUAGUAUGCGAACAGUCCCACAGCUCGUUGUUGAGACUCAAGAUCAUGCAAGGGCCUUAGACGGUCCGGAUCUGGCCUACUGUUGAUCUUGGAUACCUCGUAACCAAGAAGUUUGAUUUGUUUAGCAGCAAUAACACUUUUGGCUUCAUUGAAUGUUAUUCCGUAUUUUUCGGCCACGCCAAGGAAUUUUCGAAGGGUUACGUCAUGCCGCACGAGACCGUUCCCACAAAUAACGAUAUUGCCCACGUAGAAGGGGAUAUUCUUUAGACGCUCGCACGUAAUUAUGUCGUCGAGGGCCGCUGGAAGCACACAACCCUGUUGGUCACACCAAACGGGAUGCAACAAAAUUGAUACAAACGCCCACAAGCUCAAAAGACAGUGUACGCCUUCUUCUCCACCCGGCUGGGUAUCUGGUGAUAGGCGCUUUUGAGAUCAAGAGUGCUGUACGUGUCGUAGCUUGCGAUAUUUUCAAUCAUUGCGUCUCUUCUGGGAGAGGGACAGGCAUCUAGAGGUGUGCACUUGUUGAUCGUUUGGCUAUAAUCGAUAACCAGCCGCUCUUUGGGGUUUUCAUUGGCUACGACCAGGGGGAUAAUGAAUGCUCAAUUACACCCUCAGAAAGAAGGCGACGAAUUCCUUCUCGUAUAAAUCUCUCAUCCAUAUUGGUGUCUACGAGAUUUAGUAGCGAUGGGUUUACAGUCCGGUGUCAGAUUAGGAAACAAACGGGGAGGCUCGAUGCAAGCGGCAGCCACAGAAUAAUACGAGAACGUAGGUUUAGGUCCACCAAAGGGAUUUCAGUAUUUUUGUGGAGCCGGAAAAAGUCGUGUCCAAGAAGAACAUCGGCGCACAAAUCCGUCAAGACCUAUAGCUUGACCUCGUAUAUUGUAUCUUUAUAUUUAAUAGAGACAAGAACGUGUCCUUGCGUGGCGUUGGUUAACGCGGCCGUGGCCAUGGAUAUCUUAGUGCGAAUGUUAUGAACCUUCCACUUAUUUCAGAGCAUUGCUGAAGAAGAAGUGUAACUUUCAGAACUACCCGUGCCAAUUAGGGCCUUAAAAGUAGUCCCAUUUAUCAGUAAUUCAACCACUGCGCUUGGAAGACAGUCAGCAACCCCAACUAAUGCCACGGCGGAAAUGGUAGGAUACAUAGCGGAAGAGACGACUUUUCGGUUCCGUGAUGCUAGACACACCUUUAAGAAGCGCCCUUUUUUACCGCAUCCUUUGCAUAACGCAUCGCGUGCGGGACAAAUCGAACGGCGGUACCUGUCGUAUCCACAAAAAAGCAUUUGCUAUGGAAUGAAGUAGAAGGUACUAGCCAUGCUCUUUAAUGGGACUCGACGAAGUUUCACAUGGCUCAGUAGCGGAGGAGAAUCAGGUCGUCGGGGUGUUCUGAUACGAUAGAGACUGUCUUUCUGCCAUUCGCGGUGACCAUGCCUGACCAAAGACAGUUUGGAAGUUUGAAUUCUCCUGCACCAAUGACCUCUGUCGAAUCUGGUUUGAUGGAAGGCCACUGAUGGACGCAUCUCUGAUGGCAUCGUCGCGAUUUCUUCUGCCCUAGCGGCUUUAAAAUCGCAGUCCGUAGCUAGGGACUUUAGCCGCUGAGCAAACCCGUCGAAGGUUUCUCCACCUUCCUGUCUACAGUUUACCAGAAAAUGGUGGGCGGAUAUUUCGUUUUUUGUGUCCUAAGUAGAGAUCUCGUAGCAAUUUAGCAGCUUGCUCGUAAGUGGAGCAUUCACUAAUGCGGUUCCAGACUGUCAAAUAAACGUAGUUAGUCAGAAGGCAUAAUUUAUCCGGUUUCAGGCUAUCAAUCGUGGACGAAAAAUUUUCAAAAGUGUGAAACCAAUGACUCCACUGUCUAGAAACGUCUUGAGCAUUCGGAAUUCAAUCGAAUCGUCCUGGCCUAAGGAAUCAGUCCAUUCUUGAGUUGUGAGAUGAAUAAAUUGUUGUAACUAGGACUGUAGCAAGCACACGAGAGGGAGAGCAUAAACAAAUCAGGAUUCAAGAAUCAGAACGAGAAUACCCAGUAAUAGGGCUUUAUUCAUCUCACAGCUGACUUACUGGAACUAAAACGAGAGAUAGAAAAGUAGUAGACAAGAUGGGAUUUAGCCGGGGACUUUUGCUAGCGUGACAGUCAGUGACUGUCGGACCUCCAGUCGUCCGCCAAAAAGGUUUCAUCUGUGGCCCCUUCAUCUGCCAUCGCCCCGCCAUCUACUCACUCCCGCUCUUCUAGGUCCAUCUCAUUGGAACGCCACGAACAAAUCACAAGGCUGAUUGACAACGCGAAGAUUAUUCGCGGAACCUACGACACUAAGGCGAUGAUGAUGGGCGGUGGUGAUGCAGUCCGCUUCAAGGCAGAAGUGGACAUUGAUGGUCGCGAACUGACUCGUCGUUACCUCGAGACGAUACCACCAGACAAGCUCCUCAAGGUUUGCCUGUUUGAAUUCUCUCUCCCUCCACGCCAUAUUAUGGUUUGGUUCUACAUUUUCUUAGAGAUUAGUUACGAGCUCGAUACUAGAUCACAAAAACUCGACCUAACUUCACCAAGGUGCAUUGGGCACAUUACCGAGACAUAUUGAAGUAAACUGUUUGAGGCUGGGGCAUGCUAACCGCAGUUUUUCUGUAGAAUGCAAGCUCAGAUGGCUGACAACCGGGAUCUGACGGUGGACUUCGGAUGAUAUUUUCUGCUGAAACCAUCCAGUUUCCGCUGUUUGGAGAUACUGGGUGUUGGAAUUUAGCGCAAGGCCACCUGUGCACCGCUGGUAGCACUUGUCUGCGCUAGUGGCUUCUUGCCACAAAAGCGCUGAAAUUUAGACACAUGACGUAAGACGCAGAACCAGUUCCCAUUGCCUACCUCCAUAGAUCGGGUAGCAAAGAGGGGGUGGGGGGUAUGGGUCGUCAUGCUUUAAGGUUGGAACUCAAGGAUGACGUCCCUAGUCCUUCCUUGCGCUUUCCCGAUCGCAGCUUGUUGGAAGCCCCAACUUCGGGUAUCCAAGGCGGAUAAAAACAGGUAAACAUCUACAUUCCAACAUGGUUUUCAGACAGAAGAGCACGGGCAGUGUAAACGCUGUGUGCCUAAUUCGGAAACGUUGCUGUUUUGUAUGUAAAUAUUUAUACUUCUGAGUUCAUUUACUCAAUUUGUCUUUUGUAAAACGCAGGAGGUAAACGGCAUCAAAACGGAAGAACAGAUGAUUCAUUUCAUGCUGAAACAUGGCGACCAGAUAGUGAACACACUAGGUGCUGAAAUCAACAAGAUUGAGGACAACAUCAAAGUAAGUUCUUUUGUACCCUGUCCAUUUUUCUUUUUCCAAAAUGUUCUCAAACAAAGGGCUGAGGACGAGUUGUUGCACAGGAAAUUUGCUAAUAGAAGCAGAGACAAGUUCCAGAAAGUAGUCGCGGAGAAGGAGACACGAUCGCUGUAACAAGUGCUUUAUUAGCCUGACGUUUCGGAAUCUCACUCGAAUCCAUCAUCAGAGACAGAGUCAGAUAAGGGUAGUGGAUUGCCCAGGUGUUUAAAUAGUUAUAGGAUGAAGCUGUUAGGCCGCUACAUGCCUAUUACAGUUGAAAGCUCCUUAGGGCAUCAUGUUCGACUGGCCAGGUGUUGAAGUAUGCCGUUGCCAUGCUCCUGUAUGCCGGUCAAGAUUGUCGGCUGCCACGUUCAUCGCACGCCGCCGAGUGACUGACUACCGAAUUUUGUCAUCCGUGUGGACCCUUUGGUGAUUCGGCUCGCCGACAUUGAUACCGGGCAUAGUGGUCAUCCGCAUGUUCUCGCGGCUAACUAAUUUGCCUAGGCUAAGUCUCAGCGCCGCAUAGUAGGAGGGGAGGUCGUUGCGUCUGUUGAUUGAGGACCGGAAAACCAUGACUCGAGCAGUUAGCGGCUCAGGCGGUUGUCGCCUCUAGCAAGAAUUCCUGCUUCGUCAAACUUGAAUGUGUGGUUGGGUCCCAUCGAAUGAGCCGCGGCUUGGGGGUUGGUGUCGUUCCUCCUCACUGCUGCCGCAUGCUCGGUCAAUAGCGUUCGGAGUAGUCUUACGGUCUGUUCGACACGGUCGCUUUGCCCACAACUGCACCAUUUCCCGUAAACGACCCCAGAUGUUUCCUGCCGCGGCAGUAGGCCUUUCGGUCUCAUGAUCUAGCGCCUUUUGGUUGCCUUUGGUCUGUAUGCAACUCCAAUUCGAAGGGGCGUAAGGAGGCAGUUGACGGCUUCCGAGAGAUUUUUCACGUGCGGGACAGCUCGCCAAAAUCCGGGGCCGGUUGGAUUUUGUCUGUCGCCUCGUUCACGCACGCACUGGUUGACGAAGUUGCACGGGCAGCCAUUCACCCUAAGCACCCGGUGAAGGUAUUGUAAUUCAUCAACCUUGUUCCGGUUCACUGAAGUGCGUCUCCACCCGCUGGUGAGUGAGAAUCCGAAAUGCCAGGCUAAUAAAGCACUUGUUCCAGCGGUCAUGUCUCAUCCGCACAGGGGAUUGUUCCUCUUGGUGUCAUAUGUCCUAGGCUGAUCCAAUUAAAAUCCCCUGACCGCAGCCCUCCGCUUAUCCAAAAUCUCGGUUAUGCCGUCGCUCGCCGCACAGUGAUCGCACGGGAGGGCAGUCGCAGAAGGUCGACAAGGUGCGUGGUCAGACUGCAGGUGAGCACUUUCACAAGUACAACAGACCCUGCCCCUGAGAGUGGGAAAUUUUUAGUGAGUUUCUUCCUGUUGAUCGUUUACUGCAGGGCAGAGUUGUGGCUUGUCCUGGUCGUCCUGCAAAUCCCAUUUAAUAAUUCAAAGACAACAUCGACACAACCGACAAUAAUAAAAGUAGAGACAAACUUCCCCUAUCCGGCGCGUUGAUAGGCCAGGUCGCUGACUCCGUUGGACCAAAUGCCGGCUCUGAUGAAAGGCACGUAAAAAUUAGCGUGCAAAACUUUGUUCGAAAACAAUAUUGGGGAACCUAUUGUAAGGGAAAAUGUGUUGGGCAAACAGAAGGUAUUCCCUAAAGCCAGACUUGGCGACCACGACUAUUAGUAAGAAAUCGUUGAGGCCCGAAAAAUGAAUGGUACGCAAGGUGACCCGCGAUUUGGUCGCCCACGCAUAAAGAACCAACAGCUACAUUCUUUUGACCAUCAAGUCGGCUCGUCUAAUAGUCGAGCGGCGCCAAGCAACAUUUAUUUGCUGCUGCCUGGUGGAUCAUUUUUCUCUUUAUCUUUUUAGAAAGAGUUUCCUGACGUCAAACACAUUGACAUCGAGAUAAAUUGA